AUUCCAAAAUGGCGGCGUUUAGAAUCUCGCGAUUCGGAAGCAUUCCGCGCGGCGGCCUUUCCAGUGAAACUGGUGAUACCGUUUAAAGCCUGAUCCUCUUGUCGCUCGCCGGGACGCGUGGAUCAUCUCUUGCAGCUGUACCAACCGCAACUAAUGAUUAAACGAAUAGCCGAUCGCACGGAGGAGUCAGAUGACAAGAAGUCGGGCGAGCAGCCUGCAUCCAGUGAGCCAACCCCGGCGAAAGAACCAGAGCCAUGCUUUCACCGCAGCAGUGCCAUAAUGCUGGCACACCGUGGAGUGAAGCCCCGUGGGCUGGUGGUGGCCAAGAGCUCGGUGACCAAGAGGGCUCCCCUAGUUGCUGCCGAGGAGACGGUGACAACCAGCAGGGUUACGGGAAGGGGGGGACCACAGAUGUGUCCCGUCUGCAAGAAAAUUAUCAGCAGUGCCAGCAACCUGAGGCAGCACUACACCAUAUGCCACACAUCCUCGGUACGGCCCUAUGCAUGCGAUGUGUGCCAGAAGCGGUUCAACACUGAGAGCAACCUGAGGCAGCACCGACGAACGCACACGGGUGAGCGGCCCUUCCCGUGUCCGCAUUGUGACCGUUCGUUUGGUACAUCCACAAAUCUGAGACAGCACGAAAGAACUCACACGGGCGAGCGGCCGUUUGCCUGCUCCGAGUGCCCUCGUGCCUUUCAGACGUCCAGCAAUUUGAGGCAGCACCUGCGCAUACACACUGGCGAGCGACCAUUUGCCUGUCCAGAGUGUGGCAAACGUUUCGGCUCUUCUGCCAACCUCAAGCAGCAUAGCAAGACGCACGAUUAUGACCGGUCUUGUAAGAAGGAGGAUAGUGAAGAUGAGGGGCCAAGGCCAGACACUGUCAUUUUAGUUGAAAUGGAGGAACCGAACGAAAUGAUUGUGGGCUACCAAAGUGUAGCCGAUGGAACUGCUUGAAUCAAUGUCUGUACUUUGUCUCAAAUACAGUGAUGGCACAUUUGCUGUGUUACUUAUUUUUGCUCUGUGUGCAAGACUAGCUGAUUGGGCAAGCUAGUGAUAUUAGAAUUGUAAGCGUGGCCCUCACUGUGUGCAGGGUUACGAAGUGUACUGAUCGGAGUCACAUUGUAACUCGAAAAGUCAGCCCACCGAAGGCCCAUGCUUAACAAUGUCUAAAGCACUGCGAUUACUGCGACCUUCAACCUAUUUUAGGUUCACUGCAGGACCUGCCAGUCAUUACCCUGUCCUGCACGAGCAAAUUUCUCUUUUGCCUGCAAAUUAAUUCUGCUGACUUCUCCCAUCUCUUAGUAUGCAUUCCGUUGCUCAGUUCUUUGUACUCCAUAGACCCACCAAGGUAAACUUAUUUCUCUCAACUAUAAUAUACAUGUUUGAUUGAUGCUGCUGUCAUAGCUCCACUUUACAAGGUUGCUGGUUGUGGGAAGGAAUAUCUUGUAUUCUUACCCUAGUGUCCAGACCUGUUGAAAGUGUGUAUUUGUCUUUUGCUCAUCUAUUCUCAAUUGACCAUUUGCAGAAAUCUGCUAGGCGGCUUUCCUGCAAGGUUGUUUUCCAACCAAAAGAAGGAAAAAACCUAUCGUGACCAAACUGCUUUUCUUGCUCACUGUGCUUUUACCACUACUAUUCCAGUGAAGGCACGAAUGCGACAAAACGACUUUUGUCUGCCAACAAUUAUUGUGUAGUGGUUACCCUCAAAUGAACCUUCAGAUCGCAUGGUGAGCGAGACACCUGUCGUCCGUAAAAAAGGGAGGGGGAAGGCAAAGACAAGACUGAGAAAAGCAAUCUGGGAAGGAGGUUUGAAAACAACUUUGCAGGAAAGCCAGCUUGGAGAUUUGUGCAAAUGGUCAAUUGUCACGAAGUAUGGUGUAAUCUGCAGUCCACCUGUAAUUGAGGUAUUCUCUGUAAAUAUAUAUUUUUUCUAUGGUAGUCGUUUGAAGAAUUCUAAGCAUGCUGUGAACAACAUUAGCAAGAUUGUAUUAGCUUGCCUGAUGCAUUUUGCCAUAAUAAUUUUCUUGUUUUUGUUGUGUAGGAGCAAUGUGCCUUUGGCAUAUUUGUAUGUGUUUGCCUGUGAUGCCUACUUAUGUUUCAUGCACCCCUUGACGACACCGUAUGUUUAAGGCAUCCCGUAACUCUAUUCCAUAACUACAAUGGCUAUAUAAAAAUGUUUUGAAAGGUAGGAUUUUUGGAUAAACUACACUGUACAGUGAGUCCACUGCUGUGCCAUCUUAAGAAAAUUAUGUGGAUUGCAUGAAACUGCACCAGAGUCUCAUGUUUGAUAACAACAGUAUUGCAGAUGUGUCAAGACAUGCAUCUUGAUCUUGAGGCCACCAGACAUCACAACCACGACCCAAGGAUUAGCCUACAAAUGAAACAGUGUUUGUGCGCAACAUUUAUAGCCACUAGGCUACAUGCAGCCACAUAAUAAAUGCAAAGUUUAUAAAUACUAGCGCGGUCAUGCGUGCAGAUUAAGUCGCGACACCAUGCAUGGUGCUGACUGAACUUCGCUUGUGUAGGGCUUAACGGCGGGGGUGUCUGGGGGGAGGGGUCUCAGGCACCUGACUGAUAUAUACGAGGCUUGUAAGACUUUCCUUGCAAGAAUAUAAAGUUGCGUUUUCGCAAAAUGCACGGGCUGCUGCGUGCACCUUAGACUAUGUUGUAAGUUAUGUCUGCGAACAGUGAGCGCACUGUUUGCUCGCCAUUGCUCAGUGUGAAGGGCUUCCUGCCCGAUGUUUCUGGCACUGAGAUUGCCUGCAAGUGCACCGUCUGGAAUAUUUUGCACCUGAAUCAUCCUGCACAAAUUUGUCGCACCAGACUGCAGGGACUGUUGAAAAAAAGCUACCUAUGUCCGGAAUGUCAUAAUUACUAUAAAAUAGUGGUAUUGUGAGUGUUCUACAUUGUUAAAAGUGUGAAUGCUUUAGUUUACUUUGAGCUUUUUUGGUCGGCUACUACAGAGCAUCAUGGUGUGUCAGGUGACUGAGGUUUGCAUUAUAUAGAGCGAAAUAAUAAAAAAAAACACCUUGAAAUGUUUGCUUGCCUGUUUGUAUAAAAUUACUUGUAAAACAAUUUGGUAGCCACGUUUUUCUCUCUCUAUCUUUCCUGUGAUAAGUGGAGCAUUUGAUGGAGCCAGUAAUUAAACAGUGGUGCUGUGCAGGUCGGCUCGACAGCUAAAUGCGCUUUUCGCAGGAACUCAUGACUUCUGGCCGGCCAUCAAGUGUGGCGACAAUUCAUCAUCCGUCUUAUAUUCCAGAAAUGCUGCUACUUGCUUGUUUCGAGUGUCUCACAGUGUGCAAUUCAAACAAUGUACAGUAAUAAAAGGAUCAACACAAUCGACUGAGAAGAAAAAAAAGCAGGCUUUCGCCUUGGAGUUAUCUUCGGGGAAUGCAUAAGAAGAGAUCGUGUAACUUUUUGCAUCGAGGUACUGUGUUAUGCUGUGGCAUUUCAUUUCCACUUCUGCUGAUUUAAAGUACAACAUUUUAUUAAAAUGAUUUCUGGCAGAAGUCCUGCAGAUUGGUGACCAGAUCAUGGUGUUUACAGAAACUCUCGUAUUGGAAGACCUCAGUAGCACCAGCUGCAUUGUAUCAAGCAUCGCAAAUCUCGUACUUACUAUAAAGGAGUUCAUUGUAGUUAUGUGAAUUGGUUAAUUGAGCACAUGGCUUUCAUCCUUUUUUUUGAAACCGGAUUCUUCUCUAUGUUGGUUGACUGAACUAUACUGUCACUCUUAUUCUUUUUAAAUUACCUUCAUGAAUGUGUAAUAAAAGUAAGCUAAUUGGUCUACAGUUCCGGUGUUGCAUGUUUCUCUUGUGUAUUAACAUGAUUCUCUUGCUUUUCCAACUUUGUUGUUUUUUUUUAAUAUAUAAUGUUUGUGUGUUGCCAGCUUCUUAGACAUAAUCUUCAACCUUUGAUCAAAUGGACUGUUAUUCUGCCUUUUCCGGAUGCUUUUUUACAAACACGCCUAACCCUUGCUGCCUCAUUGGUACUCAUGUAUGUAUGCACCAGGUUGUAUUUCAGGCUUAGUAGGAACUCUGAAGUUCACUGUGCUAUCAGAGUUACUUGUGACAAUGUCUUGUCUCUCUCUCAUAAUACAUAUUUUCGUCCUUCUUA